GUCACUAACUUGCCCCGAACACGAAGUGAAAAACCGAAGGGAAAAAUUUUCCAGACGUGCUAAUGUCCUUUUUCAGGUGAAACCACCUCAUUUGCCAGCAGGCGACCGCUGGAAGCAGAAGCUCAAAGCACUGUACCAUGUGGCACGAGGCUAGGAAGCAAGAGCGCAAGAUCCGCGGCCUGAUCGUCGACUACCGCAAAAGGGCGGAGCGUCGGCAGUACUUUUACGACAAGAUCCAGGCCGAUCCCACACAGUUCCUGCAGCUGCACGGCCGACGGAGCAAGAUCUACCUGGAUCCCGCGGUGGCGGCCGCCGGCGAUGGAGCCGCAAUCAUUGUGCCUUGGCAGGGUCAGCAGGAUAAUCUUAUAGACCGUUUUGAUGUUCGUGCCCAUUUGGAUCACAUCCCUCCCGUGACCAGGACAACCGGCGAUGGAGGUGAUGGGGAUUCCGAGUUGUCUACCGAGGAGCGCCAGCUAAACUACGAAAGGUAUCGCAUUCUGGCGCAAAACGACUUUUUGAAUGUUAGCGAGGACAAGUUUUUGCAUCAACUCUACCUGGAGGAGCAGUUUGGAGCCAAUGCUCAGCUGGAGGCCGAACGAAAUCUGGCUAAGAAAAAACAGAAAACGGGUGGUGCGACGAUCGGCUACUCUUACGAUGAUACGGGAGAUGCAGCAACCAUUGGACCACAGCCUUUUGGAGCGCCCAGUUCUACUGCCAGCGGAGGGGCAGCUGCUUCCAAGGGAGGGGAAAAAGGGGAGGGUAGUGAUGAGUCCGAUUCGGACAUCGACAUGGAUGUUUCGAUUGACAUCGGCAAGUUAGACACCUCCCAGGCGCAUGAGCUUAAUGCCUGCGGGCGUAACUACGGCAUGAAGAGCAACGACUUCUUUUCGCACCUGACCAAGGAUGCGGACGAGGCGGACGCCUUGCGGAUCGCCCGCGAGGAGGAACAGGAAAAAAUGCUGCUCAGUGGAAGGAAGUCGAGACGCGAACGACGAGCCCAGAAGGAGCGGAGGAUCGCCAAUAGACCCUUUAGUCCGCCCAGCUAUGCGGCCAAAGAGGAUAAGGACAAAAAGGGUGGCGGAAAGGUCGGCGACAAGGAAAAGGAAGAAGACACCGACUCGCGAUCGCCAUCACCUGCUGAGGCGGGACCAGAGAAGAUAACCUACAUUACCUCAUUCGGCGGCGAGGAUGAGAUGCAGCCGCACUCCAAGAUCACCAUCAGCCUGACUAAGCCGGGCCUGACUUUGGGUGAGUCCUGCAUCAAUGCCAGCAGCGGAGCAGCCAUUGCCGCCGCAGCAGCUGCCUCAUCUGUUUCCUAUGCCCAGAAGGUUAAGGACAACCUGGACAAGUUAAAAGUGAUGAACGAGUCGGCAAAGCGCAGCAGACGCCGUUCGCGUUCGCACUCCCGCUCGCGUUCAAGGAGUGGCUCCGCCUCCAGAAGUCGCAGUGGCAGUCGAAGAAGAAGUCGUCGAAGCCGUAGCUAUCACAAGAGAAGCAGGACGCGAUCGCGCCGCCGGAGGAGGUACUACUCAAGAUCCAGGUCAAGGUCAAGAUCAAGAUCUCGCUCUAGAUCUAGAUCGAGGUCUCGGACACGCACACGCUCGCGGUCUGGUUCCUGGAAGCGCUACAAGUCACGCAGUCCCAGCUACAAGCGGUCCAGGAAGCGCUACUCCUACUCCUCGCGCAGUUCCAGUGGCAGCUCCUAUAGAAGAAGAAGCCGAUCCCGUUCCCACUCCAGAGGAAGAAGUCGCGCCAAGAAGAAGGCCACGCCGCCGCCAGCAGCAACGGUGGGUGGUUUCUGCCUAAGCACCACCACCACCACUACGACCACAUCCACUUUGACGGCUGUAAAGAUGUUCCAGCAGCAACCGCAGCCGCAAACCAAAGCCAUGCCGCCAAUGAUCAGCUAUCCCUUGCCGGCGCGAGUGCUCAAUCUGAACCAAUCCGGGCCAGUUGCCCCGCCCGCUGUUGUGCAACCGCAAGUCGUGGAGCCGCCACCACCGCCAUUGAAACGCUACUACGGCAGGAAAAGAGCCAACGAUACUUCGUCAUCGUCCUCGUCGGCAGCGGAAAACAGCGAGGGCAGCGACAACGAGGAGCAGCAACAGUCACAGUUGGGAAAACAACGAGCAGAGGACUCGGAUGAAAUGGAAGUGGACACUGCGUCAGAGCGCUCGCAUGCCCUCCAGCCGAUUAUGUCGUCAUCGAGCAGCACGGGUAAUCAAACAGGCAAAUAUAGUUCUGCUACCGAAACCAAAGGCUCUGGACAUCCGAGUUCUGGUGGUGGACGACCCAAUUUGCGGGAGCGGCUUAAACGAAAGAUGCAGAACUUACUAAACCGGCAAUAUAAGGCCGACAAGCGUGCGGAAAUCGAAAAAACCGAGCGGGAACGCCUGCAGCAGCAAGAGCGCGAGGACGAGAUGCGUGAACUGGCGCUGAAGCUGCGCAGAAGGCGCCGUGAGCUGCGACACAAAUACGGAACGCCAUCGAGCGGCAAGCUAUCGGGCAGCGAAGCAGAAUCGGUGGCCUCGGAAAGCCAAACGGCGAAGUCUUCAUCUCGUCGUAGUCGCAGCAGAUCGCACAGUCGCCGGAGGACUCCUCCCCUGUCGGACGCACAGCAUAGCCGACGGAGUAGCAGUCGAACGGAAAGGAGGCGUCGCACUAGGACGCCCAGUCCUAAGUACAAUAGAAGGCAGCGAUCCCGGUCAAGAAGCGGCAGUCGUGUGGAACGUAAGCGGCGUUCUCACAGUCGAAGACGCAGUGGCAGUCGGGAUCGCCGACGAUCCCGCAGCAGGAGAAGUCAGUCCCGGCGGAGGAGACAGCGGGACCGAAGCGUGGAACGGAACCGGGAGCGAGAACGAUACAGGCAACAGCAGCAGCAACAACAACAGCAGCAACAGCAUGAGAGGAUGCGGGGACGUGACCGGGAUCGGGAUGCCGACUACGGUCAUGGUGGCAGCAGUGGCUCCUCAAAUCGAGGUCGUGUCGUCAUAUCCGCUCCGCCAAAGCUCAAGAAACUGGUUGACUAUUGAACCCUAAAGCACUGUGAAGAAGACUAUUUUUUCUAUUCACUUGAUAUUGGCUCGAUUGUUUUUAGAUGUAGGAAUUAUUUCUGGAGCGUUUUCUGCGUUUACUGUUGAUUUUGGCCCCAAUAAAAUAAUUUAAGCUAUACAAGUUAGGAAUUUUUAGGGAGCGAGCAUUUUUCGUGUACAUUUCAAUUUUACUUUUUUUAUGAAUCCGAACAUUGCCCAACACAAAUUUUAGUAAGCGCUUAAAUUUUUAUUCCCGUACUUAAUUAGUUAUUAGAAAUAUAUAAUUUGCAUUGCUCCGUGAA